AUGGCGGCAUCACAGGGUGAUCCCGCAGCUAUCCUCGACCCCAAGGACUAUGCUGUCGUCUGGAUUGCACCCCUCGAGAUCGAAGCCAAGGCCGCCUUAUAUAUGCUCGACGAGCAACACCAAGGCCGAUUUGCAGUGGAUCAUGGCGAUGAGUACGUGUUCCACGCGGGUAGCAUGUGCGGCCACAAUGUCGUCAUAGCGACUUUCCCAGCUGGCCAGGAGUAUGGCACAGGGUCGGCGGCAGCACUCGCAAGCCAGAUUCUCAAGUGCUUUCCCCAUCACUGGUUUGGACUACUGGUUGGCGUCGCGGCGGGACUGCCAGAUCUGUCCUGCAGUCCACCCCGCGACAUCCGCCUCGGCGAUGUGCUCGUCAGUCUCCCUGAGGGCGAGAGAGCCGGGAUCAUCGCGUACGAACUCGGCAAAGAGACGGACGACGGAUUUCAACCCCUACGGUACGGACACCCAUUAGUGAGGUCAGCAAUCGGGAGAAUCAAACUCCAAGCACCGAAUGACGCCGCGAUUUUCCUACCCUACUACGAGACGAUCCGUAAUAAGGAGCACGCAACCGGUACCUUUGCCGACCCUGGUCAAGAUCGCGACCGAUUUUACUCCACAACAACCGAAAACAGGCCGGGAGUAGCUCUUGAACGCGCUCGACGACCAAAUACAGCCCGUACACGCGUGCGGUACGGGCCGAUUGGAUCGGGAGAGAAGCUGUUAAAGAAUGCGCAGAGACGGAACGAGCUCAGGGACGAGUACGGGGUUAUUGGCCUCGAGAUGGAGGCGGCUGGAACGAUGAAUCGAAUUCCGGUGGGAGUGAUCCGGGGGUGUGCGACUAUGGCGACCAGCAGAAAAAUAAGGAGUGGCAACCGUACGCGGCGGCGAUGGCGGCUGCCUAUGCGAAAGCCGUGCUGA